UUUCGUCACUCUUUGCCAGGAAGUAGAAGCCAACAUCUGGAAAAGAGGAACUGCAGGACUUUUGUUGAAGGUUUGAAAGCACCUUUUGAACCCAGACGAGGAGAAGCUAUCUUAGAGACAUGAGCCAUGGACAUCGUGGAGCGCAUUCUAGCCGUUGCGAAAAUCAUCUACGGUCAAUAUCAGCAGAUGAAGUACUGCAAGAAGCAGAAAGAACGCCUUGUCAAGCGCAUGGAGACCCUCCUGAGACCUAUUGAGCUCCUCCAGGCUCAGUCCAUCAGCAACCUGUCCUCCAGUCUGAAAUGGAUGCUGCAGAACAUGUUGGACCUUUUGCUUGAAGCCCAGGAGCUUUUUGAGAAGCACAAUAGCCAUAACAUGCUGGAGAGGUUUAUGAAGGCUGGUGAGAUGCUGGAAGAGUUUGCGGCUCUGAACGAGCGCUUUGGUGACAUGGGCCAAGGACUUUUGCUGCAGCUGCAGGUGGAGCAGAAGGUGCUAGUAAGCUUUGAGAAGUGUGUGGUGAGCAAGGAAUGCUGCCAAGAUCUAGCGGAAGACAAAGUUUGUUGGAUGGAGAUGGCCAAAGGGCAGCAGGAAGAAGCUCACACAGAAAUCACAGAGAUAAACAAGCACUUUUUAACAAAGAUGACCUUUCUGUUGGAGAUGAAAGAUCACAUCCUGUACAAAGGAGAAUAUUACAGGAGUCCGGUGGCCAUCAAAGUCUUCAAAAACCCUGUGACCAUCAACACAAAGAAGGUGAGGCAGAUCUUUGAGGAGGAGGUCAGGACGCUGAAGCGGCUGGAGUCGUCCUACAUCGUGCGCUUGUACGGGAUCUGCAUUGACGAAAGCGGGCUGGUCCCCCAGUUCUCCAUCGUCACCGAGUUCUGUGAAAAAGGCACCCUGAGGGAAGUGUUGAGAAAAGAACAGGACCUGCCCUGGAAGGUUCGCAGCGACAUGGCUUCGGAUGCGGCCGCUGGGCUGUACAGGUUGCACCACACAGGAGACAAAUGCCAACUGCAUUGUUGCAUCAACAGUUCCAAAUUCUUGGUUGCCAAGGGCUACUGCAUAAAGUUGUCAGGAUUUAAACUGGACCAAACAGAGUCGUCCAUCAGUCGAAAAAGCAAGGGCAAAGUCUCCAGGGAGGUCUCUUCUUUAGCCUACAUCUGUCCAGAGGGCCUGGCCUCUUUACAUCAUCCAUACAACUUGGCUAGCGAAAUAUACAGCUUCGGGAUCGUGCUGUGGGAGAUCGCAACUGGGAAGCUCCCCUUUACAGGUUGCAACUCUCAAGAAAUCUAUAAUAAGGUUUAUAAGAAAAAGGUACAGGAGCCUUUAGGAGAAGAUUGUCCACCCUAUUUACAGAAAAUCAUCAACCAGUGUCGGAGUUAUGAACCUUCCAAGCGCCCAACUACUGAAGUUAUUGUGAACCAGCUCCUCAUCGACCAGGAUGACAGCAGUAACAAUUUGAUUUCAUGAGUGGAAGUCAGUGAUCGUGGAAGGUGUCUUCUAUCCCCUGAAUCUUCUCUCUUUUUUUCCACGUUUCAAUAUUCUUUGGCUCAGCUUGAUCUUUGAACCACUAGGCAGCUUGGCCAAUAACCCAAACCUUCUAUUGGCUCUGCAAAAUGUGUGUGUGUGUGGGGGGGGGGGUUGGGGUAGCAAAUAAGGAGCCCCUCUCCCCCAGAUGUUGAAUGCCAAUGUCAGACCUGCCUCAACCUGGACUUCUAAGUAAAAACGCUCCUUUAAGUCCAUUGGUUGAGAAAGGUGUAGUUUACUAGAAGCCGAGUGAAUUACACUCGUGUAAAGCCAGAACGGAGAGUUCAUGCCAAACUUUUGCCAGCUAACUUUCCUCCCUUGUCCCCUUUCCAUUGUGUGUCUCUCAUUGUCCAAUCCAGUUUAAAAGAAAUGUUUUGGAAACAGUCACUCUAUGGGUUGGCAUUCUUCUCCCAGGGACUGGAAGAUUUCCUUGGUUCUCACAGAGAAGGGUCCUCCCAGUUCAGUUUCCUUUUCCCCCAGGCCCUCACCCUCCAUUCCAGCCCCCCCCCCGGUUCAGGGCAGACUGGCAGAGAGGUGGCAGGUCUGACAGCCAUGCAAGUCAGAAGUGCAGCUGUGCUCGCCAGUGUUUCCAUUCAUUUCCUCCAGCUGUGGAUGUCAGCAGCGAGAUAAUGCAGUAGACCAAACUGGACUGGAUGGACUCGACCUAUGAUCAUAAAUGAACCCAGAAGCAAGGUCGUAAGUUGUGGUUGUUCAAUGAGUCACCGUGUCACUGUGCCUGAUUUUACAACUUUUUGUGCGACCGUUGUUAAGCAAAUGAAUCCAUUAUAUCCAAUGAGCAUUUGUUGUCAACCCGAAAUAAAUGCUGGAAACCUGCAGUCACGUGAUCUCAGGACACUACAAACGGCUACAGAUGUAUUGUCAAGCAGCAAAAAUGUGAUCAUAUGGUAUGUGUGUGUGUGUGCGAUUGUGCUUUUGGACUGCAAAAUCAGAUUGUAAGUAGUUGGAGGGUUUGUGGUAACUUCAGAUGGUCCCCAAGUGGGGACUCCCUGUACUAUAACUGGGCUCUAACUUUUAGUUUUGAAACCAAAACAAUUCCUUGUGUAUUCUCCAUUAUACCUUACAUCACUACAUUUUCUCUGGUUAUAUAAUUAAUCACAGCUUUUCCACGGUUUUAAUUUUAACAGUUCUCUAUAUUUUAAAUUGGCAUUUUUGCUAUUACAACCAUUUAGCUGCCUGGUAUAAAUUGUAUUGUAUGUUACUAUAUUAAUUUAUACAUCCCAAAUUCCUAACUUCAACAGGCAAUUUUACUUGUAUUGUUACAUUACUAGACAACCCUUGGGUCAUCCUUUCAGAGAUAUUCCCUUAGCAGGUUCCUCAAAGCCUGCAAUAAUGAUAGAAUUUCUAAUGUCCUGCCUUCACUGCAAAAGUUGGGGAACAUUCAAAGGUGUCUCUGCUUUGAAAGUAGCCCGUCUUGAACAGCCUAGCUCAGUCAAACAUCGGUAGUGGACCACAGGAAACGUCUUAUGAUAUUUUGUAUUAUGUCACAAUGUGCUUUAUGAAAGUUUUAUGUCAUCAAAUAUUUUAUGAAAUUUGCCAAAUUUCAGUUCCACAGGAAUUAUGGCCCUGCCAGAUUUUGGAUGCAUUCUACAAGUUAGUCCAUUUGAGGUACCUGGUUCGUUAGGUUUUGCCCUGUUAUGCAAUUUCACCCAGCUAAAGGUUACAGACGGGAGUGUUAGUAGUACAUAGAAGAUGAUUUUAUGGCUUGUUUUACUCUAAUCAAUUGUGACUCUUUUGUUUUGUUUUGGUGGUCAAUGACUGAAAUAAAAUGACUGACUUCUGUUUUCCCUAA